AUGGAUGUUGACUGGACUCCUUAUCGAGGGUCUUUGCAGCGAGCCUUUUUUGGCCCUGAAAAUUGGAAAUUGGCUGAUCGAAGUUCCGAAUUGGAACGUCUAUUUUUAAGAUUUUUCGGUAAACUCCAGGAACAACUUAAAAGAAGAAAAAGACCACCGCUGGGAAGUACAGCCAAUGAGCCUCAGUUAAAUCAUCUGGGUGUACCAGUCGGGGAAUUCAAGAGGGAGUUUACUUCACGGGUCGCUAUUGAAGUCGAGAAAGAUGAGGAUCUAGAUUUACGAAAUGUACCACCUCAGGUAUACGACGAGUAUAUAUACGGCUUAUCGAAUUUUAUUGUUUACAACAACCGACAAAAAUUUAUGCAGUUGAGGCGAUUGCGUGAAACCCAGAAAAACUUGCCGAUUGCUCAGAAGCGGGAUGAGAUUUGUGAGAUGUUGAAAGAUAAUAAAGUAUUAAUCAUUGCUGGGGACACUGGUUGUGGUAAGAGCACUCAGGUUCCCCAAUUUCUUCUUGAGGCUGACUAUGAUCGUAUAGCCUGUACACAGCCACGACGUAUUGCUGCUACGUCAUUAGCAAGACGGGUCGCGUAUGAAACUUUAGAUGAAUAUGGCAGCAAAAUUGCUUAUCAAAUACGUUUUGAAAAAACGAAGACUCUGAAAACACGGUUGCUUUUUCUUACCGAGGGCCUUCUUUUGCGCCAGUUUCAAAGUGACUCAGAUCUAUUACAAUACAGCGUAAUAAUACUUGAUGAAGUGCAUGAAAGAAAUUUGACAGGAGAUUUCCUGAUGGGGUUGUUGCGCGACUUAGUUUAUCGGAGAGAUGAUUUGAAGUUGAUUCUUAUGAGUGCAACAAUAAACUUAGAACUAUUCACUUCCUACUUUGAAAACGCACCUGUCGUUAAAGUUCCAGGACGUCUCUAUCCUAUUGAGCUGUAUUACCUACCAGUUAAGGAGUACGAUGAGUAUACUGCUGAGAAAAAGAAAGCAAAAAUUGAUGCCGCACCAUACUUAAAUGUAUUACAAAUGAUUGACGCAAAGAUUCCUCAGAAUGAGAGAGGAGACGCCUUAGUCUUUCUGAACGGCAUAUCUGAAAUGACCACAGUGGCAGAGGCACUAAAAGUUUAUGCAGAAACUAAUAAACGAUGGAUUAUCUUGAUGCUUCAUAGCACGUUGUCCGUAGAAGAACAGGACAAAGUUUUCGACGUUGCACCCAUGGGCGUUCGAAAAUGCAUUCUUAGUACUAACAUUGCUGAGACUUCCGUCACCAUAGAUGAGGUUCGUUUUGUAAUAGAUUCAGGAAAGGUCAAUUUGGUAAAGUAUGAUUCCAAAACGGGCGUUCACUCACUGAGGGAGUAUUGGACUUCUCAGGCAUCUGCUGAGCAGCGGAAAGGUCGUGCUGGCCGUACAGGGCCAGGAAUUUGCUAUCGUUUGUACUCUAAGGAGCAGUUUUCUAAAAUGAAUCCGUUUACUAUAUCUGAAAUUAACCGUGUCUCCUUGGAGACGUUAGCUAUGCAAAUUGUCAAUUUAAAUAUGAGAAUUUCUCCUCUGCACUUUCCCUUUAUUGAAAAGCCAGACAUGGGCGCUUUGGAAGAAGCGAUCGAAGCCUUGUGGAGGCAGGGGAUUCUAGAACCAAAUAACGCAACGACGUUGACAUCUUUGGGAAAAAUAGUCGCGAGUCUUCCAGUUGAGAUUCCAAUUGCCAAAAUGUUAAUUUAUGGCUGCAUCUUGGAAGAAACUGAAGUGUCUUUGACUCUAGCUGCCGGCUUGUCUGUAACGUCGCCAUUUACAAGUAGAUCGUUUAGAGAAGCCGAAAUUAUGGAUCGCAGACAAAACAUAAUGUCUGAUAAUGGUGAUCUCUUUGCUCUCAUAAAUGCAUUUAGAGAAUUUGUUGACCUCCAUGCAGAACGGGCAGAAAUUCGUCGUUGGGGUCGAGAAAAGGGCAUUGAUACUCAACGAAUGUACGAAAUUAGUCAGCUGCGACGUCAGUUCAAAGAACUUUUGGAAGAUAGUAAUCUUAUUGCGAAGGAUUCAGUCGAGGAUAGUAGAACGCGACGUAUAACUGUUGGUGAACGGAAACGUUUGAAUGUUUUAAAAAGAGAUGCAAGGUUUGAAGUAAAAAAGAGAAAAGUUCUGAAAUCUGACGCUCAUUAUGACUCAGUUUUGGCCGCAGCGGGAGAUGAAACUACUUCGAUGGAUACUAUUAUGGAAGCUGAGUUUUAUCUAAAGAAUCGUGAAAGCGGCAUCAAUAAGAUAUUAAGGUCGCAUCGCCCUAAUGACAAAGCAAGUACUGUCAUAAAAGCUAUUGUAGCUGCGGGCGUUUAUCCUCAGUAUGCUGUUCUAGACCAGUAUAACGUGUAUAAGGUUGGCAAUGAACUUUUCGCUCACACUCGUUUAAAGCCUUUCGCAGUCCUGCAUCCGAACAGUUGUUUAGCACUUUUUCCAGAUGCUCUUGAUUACGACCGCAGUGAUGAUAAUCUCUCCAGACAUCAUCAGCUGAUCUCUUUCGCAACUUUCAUGGAAACAUCGAAGCCAUUUCUGUGCCACAAUAUCAGGGUUCCAGCGUUACUUCUUCUCAUCUUCGCAAAGACAGUAGUGUGCUCAAGUGACGAAUACGUCAUUACUUGUGACGAUUUUGUAACCUUCAAGUUUUAUAAGGGAACCGACUAUUUUCUGACCAUCGACAAGGCUUCCUCUAUAAGACGUUCAUUUGCUGUGGUCAUGAAAAAGCGGUUAGAGGGGGAAGGUGUUGGAGAUCUUGGUCUAGCAAAAAGCAUUAUUUCAUUCUUGAGGAGCGACGUCGAAUUCAUUAUGACGCGUAAAGCUUGUCCAAAUUUGGAUGUAGAAAUUGGUUUUUUCUUGCCAUCUGGAGAGAAACUGGAUGAGUCAGAAGAUUCUGAAGAGUCCACUGUUCAGUCCUUUUUGAUGUCUGGGGAAGUUAAUAGUUCAGAGGUCGAAGACGAGCGAAAACUUAAAGAUCCGUCGAAAAAAGUUUUUCAAUAUUAUUGUGAUCGAUGUAAGAAAACGAUCGAUUUUGAGUCUGCAGUAGCCGUACUGAAGCACAAACGAUCACAUAAUUAA